AUUUUCUGUUGCAGGUUUUUGCACACUUGAAUCAAGAUGGUCGGCAAGUUAGUGCCUUUCUUGUGCCUACUGACAUGCAUCGAUUUAGCAACAACUGAUUUGCGAACUCAGCAACUUAACCUUAUCAGACCAAGAUCUCUUGAUUCUGUUGGAUUCGUCACCAAACAAUAUCACAAAUAUAAAGCACGCAUGAAGAUUCUUGCAAAAUUAGCCUCUGACUAUCCACGUCUGGCAAAGGUUUAUACCAUCGGUGAAUCUGUUCAAGGCAAGUCGCUUUUCGUACUGAAGAUCAGCACUGACGAAAAAGAAAGACAGCUGGGAAAGCCCAUGUUUAAAUAUGUUGGAAACAUGCACGGAAACGAAGGUGUGGGUCAUGAACUGCUGCUUAAUCUCGCUGGUCACUUGUUGUUUAACUAUGACAAGGACGCGCGGAUUACUCAGCUCAUCAAUAGCACCGAAAUUCACAUCAUGCCUACUUUGAACCCAGAUGGUUUUGAGCUUGCUCGACCAGGAGAUUGCACUGGAGAAGAUAGGCAUUCAGGAAGAACAAAUGCCAACGGAGUUGACCUGAACAGAAAUUUUCCAGACCAGUUUCGGACGAAGCCACUGACGCGGGAGACCAUUCUGGCGGAUCGUGAGCCAGAAACUCUGGCUGUCAUGACGUGGAUCAUCAACAACCCGUUCGUGCUGUCGGCAAACCUGCACGGCGGCUCCGUGGUGGCCAGCUAUCCAUACGAUGACACGCCACAGCCGAGCCCGCGGGGCUGCUGUGUGGCCAGCGACGGGCCCGAUACGGCGCUGUUCCGCCGGCUGGCGGCCAUCUACGCCCAAGGACAUGCGUUCAUGCACCGUGGAGAGGAUUUUUGUCACAUUAAUGAGAGGUUUGCUGGUGGGAUCACAAAUGGCGCCAUGUGGUACGACGUGCCGGGUGGAAUGCAGGACUUCAACUACGUGUUCAGCAACUGCGUGGAAAUCACUGUAGAGUUGUCGUGCUGUAAGAUGCCACCAGAGUCUAAGCUGCUCACAGAAUGGAGUAACAACAAAGAAGCGUUGUUGAGCUACAUGGAGGCUGUCCAUAUGGGCGUCAAAGGUCUCGUACUUGAUGCCAACAACGAUCCCAUCCACGGUGCGUACGUCAGUGUUGAAGGUAUCGAUUACAACGUGACGACCACCGAGCGAGGCGAAUACUGGCGCCUUCUUCUUCCUGGAGAAUAUACGCUCAUUGCUAGUGCCGUAGGCUUCCAGGCGAUGCGUGCUUCGAUCACGGUGAAGGAUGGUGAGACAUCACGACAUGUGUUCCAUUUACCUCGCCGCUCGGAUUCUUCGGCACCGGACAGCUCGUCUGAUCAAGUGGCCGCGGCCAUAGCCGGAGGCGCCUUUGUGCCAAAAAUCGGUCCGUCGGCGACGCCUCCGCCGCCAACUGUGUCGAGCAGCACCGCCUCGCCACCCACUAAGGAACCGGAACUGGCGCAGACGCUGUCGGCUGAGUUUCUCACGCCGCCGGACUGGCAGCAUCACGACUACGCCAGCUUGGAGUCGUGGCUGAGGGACCUGGCCACGCGCUACCCUGACAUCACUCGGCUGUACUCUGCCGGCGUCAGCGUGCAGAACCGCCAGCUGUGGGUGCUGGAGGUCUCCGACAAUCCUGGACGGCACGAGCCGGGUGAGCCAGAAUUCAAGUACGUGGCCAAUAUGCACGGCGAUGAAACGGUGGGACGCGAGAUGCUCUUGCUGCUGGCCCGCUAUCUUUGCGAAACGUAUGCCACCAGUAAUCAAACGAGGGACAUUGUGAACAAGGUACGUGUUCAUAUUAUGCCUUCAAUGAAUCCUGAUGGGUAUGAGAACUCAACAGAACAUGGUUCUUUCAUGCAACCGGGUCGAACGAACGCACAUGGCGUCGACCUGAACCGCAACUUCCCUGAUCGCCUGGGAGUUUUCGAACACAAUGCACACCAAGAGCCCGAAACAGAGGCCGUGAUGCGCUGGAGUCGCCAGUACCCGUUUGUGCUUUCCGCUAACCUGCAUGGCGGUUCGGUGGUGGCCAACUAUCCCUGGGACUCUGACAGCACUCGAACGACUGGCGUGUAUGCUGCCAGCCCUGAUGACGCCGUAUUCAAGAAGCUGGCGAAAACAUAUAGCAUUUCGCACCUCACGAUGCACACUGGCAAGGGAUGCGGUACGAUUGACAAAAAUGGGUUCAAAGACGGCAUAACUAAUGGCAAUCACUGGUAUUCGCUAACGGGAGGGAUGCAGGACUGGAACUAUGUGAACACGAAUGACUUCGAAUUGACUAUAGAGAUCAGCUGCGUCAAGUUCCCGUUCGCUCACGAGCUGCCUCGAUACUGGAACGAAAACAAGAAAGCGCUGCUAUUCUACAUAGAACAAGCUUUGACUGGAGUAUCAGGCUUCGUGAAAGACACUAAUAACAACGCAUUGUCGAACGUCACCGUGUCUGUGGAGGGCAUCACCAAAGACGUAGUAACGGCGAAGGACGGAGACUACUGGCGACUUCUGGUACCUGGCCAACACACACUCAUUUUCCAUGCACCAGGGUACCAGACGGAGCGAAAGCAGGUGACCGUUCCGUAUCUCUGGGCCCAGCAACUGAACGUAACCCUACAACAAGACGACCUUGGCCAGUGGUCGGCACAGCAUGAUUUCUCUCUCACGGAAAACAUAUCACCUAACAGUUACAGGACAAUGUCACAACUGAAGGAGACGCUUGUGCAACUAGAGAAUCAAUACCCGACAACCCAUGAGGUUAUCGUCAACACAAGUCCAUGGAGCGUCCAUAUGCCGGCAAUUAAAGUUGCGGCCGAGGGUUCACUAUCCGACUCUGAGAGGGUGACGGUGGCUCUGCUCGGUGGACUGGACGGUCGACAGCCGGCCGGGGGCGAGCUGCUCCUCCGACUAGCCAGACACUUGGGUGCUGCAAUGAGCAAUCCACGCUCUGAAUUGGUGCAGAAACUGCAGAAUCUGAUCAUCUACAUUGUACCGCGUGUGGAUGAAGCUUCUUUCGAGAUCGAUCAAGAAGGCAACUGUUCUCAGAGUUCCUCUACCAGCGGUUCGCCUCCAUCGGCGCUGGUAGAGAUGAUGGCACAGGUAAAUGUUCAGGCCGUUCUUAGUAUAGAAGGAGGGGGUAUGUUCGUGCGUUAUCCGCCGAACACUCCCGCAGACUUUGGCGCUACUGAAAUGCAAAAAGAAAAUUUCGUUUCGUUGGCUGGUGCAUUCGUUUCUAGUCACUCUCGCAUGUCAAAGAUGUAUUGUGGCGACCAGUUGGCUACUGGUAUGAUGCAAGGCCGUGAUGUGAUCGGUCGACGCUUCUCGGACGUACAAGAAGUGCUCUACAAACAGUUCGGUACUCUCAUGGUAUCUGCCCAUGUAAGCUGCUGCGACUUCCCGCGGCACUAUAUGAUGGCAGAGCUGUGGCGAGAGAACCUGGCAUCAUUGCUGUCCUUCCUGCGUGCUGCACAACAAGGCGUCUCUGGAUACGUCCGUGACGCGGCCGGCAAGCCGUUGUCAGAUGCUGCCGUCACCUAUUCGGGCCGAUACAGUGGUCAGCUGAAGGUGUCGUCUUCUGGACACUUCUCUGCACUGCUACCGGAGGGGGACUACUCUGUCAACGCGUCAAUGCCCGGCUUCCAGUGGCAUGUCGAGCAGAUCCGUGUCGAACUGAACUCUAAUCAGGACGCGAGUUUGGUUCUGGAAAACACUAAUCAUUCGUUAGAACUUAGCUAUCAUUCUGGCAAGGGCACCGCCAACUCACUGCGAAGAAUCGCUGAACAUUACACUGAAAUUAGCAGAUACUGCAGCAUUGCCGGCCAAGACUCGGAAAUCCCCUGCCUAGAAAUCAGCAAAGGCAUCCAUGAAAAGGAUGGUGCUUUGACUAAGCCAAGCGUGCUUUUCGUGGGUACUAUCCAGCCACAUGAGCUGGCAUCCCGCGAGCUGUUGCUGCAGCUGGCCACGCAUGUGGCAAGCCGGUAUAGCACGGACAGCGGAGUGGCUAAACUACUAGAAGAGCAUAAAGUCAUCAUAAUACCUGCACUGGAUAGCCGGCAUGCAACAGUCAAUGAGACGGUGUGUGACGCUCCGGAGGUGCAGCCUGAUCUGGACCGCGGCUUUGACCCUGAUGUGACUCCAACGGACAUAGCACGGAGCUCGCUGCCACCAGCCGUACAGACAGUGAUUGGCUGGCUAGCGAAACAGCGUCCAGUGCGCACUCUUGUGUUGCGUUCCGGAGCGGAAGGCGUCACAUUCCCUCGGGUGCCCUUGAUCAACGGCUACCCGUCACAGGACCAUCUUCAGUAUGGCGACGAAGAGAUGUUCAGUGCCGCCGCUGCGGAAUAUGAGAAGCUAGAGGGUGGUGCGGCCGCUGCAAGUCGUAAUUGCCCCAUUGGCAAGGUACAAGAGCCAGUGUCGCACCAGAGUGGCGGCAACCUAAUGGACUACCUGUACCGAUGUAAUGUCUCGCUACCGAUCUCAGUGUAUACUUCAUGCUGUGGAGCGCCCAAAGUUGAUCAACUUUCCGCACUGUGGAGCCGCCACAGACCGGCUCUGCUGUCCUUCAUCCGACAGAAGGAGGGCAUCCAAGGGUUUGUCACCGAUGAGCAGAACGCUCCGGUAGAAGGCGCGCGCCUGCUGGUGAACGGUUCUGCCUUCACGAUCAGCACUCGUCAUGACGGACAGUUCUGGAGGCCGCUUACCCCUGGUAAGGUGACUGUGAGCGUUUCGGCACCAGGCUAUCAUUCCGUAGAGAAACUGGUGUCUGUGUUCGCUGUUCAGCCCACGCACCUACAGCUGACUCUGAAACGGGACAAGCUGGUGGCGGGCAUGCCGCGGAUGGUGGUCAUCGUGCUCCUUGGCGCUCUGGGAAUCGUGGCCGUCGUCGUGUGCAUGUUGUGCGCCACGUUGUGCACCGGACGAUCGGGGCGAAAGCGGCGCGGCGGCGGCAAGCGCAAUCGGUACGGCUUCCAUCAGCUGUCGCAGCCUGACAAGCGGACUCUACUAUACGAGGACGAGUCUGAUGACGAUGAUGUCAUAAGAGACGAUUACAGGGGCGUCAGGGUUCCUACCAGUUUGUCAGACGACCCACGAGCCGUCCGACCAUUCCACGACCUGCCGUCGUCGGACAGCAGUUCGGAGGAAGAGAUUCUGCUGGCGACGACUUCCAGUCGACAGCUGCGUCGCUAAUUUGUUGAUUGCACUCAUGUAUUCCCACCGGAUUUAGCCGGUGAGACAUGCUGUCCUGAUGAAUAUUUUAAUGUUGUUGAACAAAGUAACUUUAUACCUAGGCCUUUGUGGCUGUGCGUGGUAUUCAUCUGCUAGAGCGCUGUUCAAUCAUGGCUAUUCUGCCGAUCGUUCUAUUUACAAAAUGUGUUCUUCGCAUCUCGUCUUCAGCCUUUGCCUGUGAUUCCCUGCUCCCGUUGCCAGUCACCGUCGACCGCGAAGUUGGCGAAUGGGACGAGUGUCGUUGCACAAUCCGCCUGGGGCACUGUGUGGUGCUUAUCGUACCUCUCCAGCUGAGGUUGUAUUGACCGCGGCUGACCGAUGGUCCGUCUCACUAUAUCGUAUUUGUAAAUCAUGCCUAAGUGUUGAUUUGAAGUGCGUAGGUAGGGUGUACGAUUCCGGUGUUCGUCAUACAUUCAUGACGUUAGGUUAGAUAAAGCCUUCUACUAUUGAUGGGAGCUAGCGAUGGGUGACUGGGUAUUUUAUUAAAAUCAUGGAAUUAAUUUUAAUGGAAAAUUGUGAUAUGCAUUGUCGAUGGUGUAUAUGCAAUACAUGCUGGGUAGUUUUCUA